AUGCGGAAACUGGUUGCCUUGCUUGUGCCCCUGGUCGCCGUCGCCACGACCUUGGACGGGCCUGCCUGUCUGAGCGAAGCUUCAGAGGCAGCUGCAAGUGCAAGAGACCGAUCGAUGAGAUGCCUCCGCCGAGCACAGAAGGUGCUGCAAACUGAUGCCGUGGACGAGGACGUCUGUAUUGUCGCGAUGGAGAUACGGAGAUGUGAGAUGGAGCUGGAGAAGCUGAAGCAUGAGAAGGACAUGAAGAGGAGGAGGCUUGAGAAGAAGUUGCUGAAGAUGAGGCAUCAGUGGGACAAGGAAAAACGGGUCGUUAACUACUACAGGUGGCGGCUAUCCUCCGCCACCCAAAGAAAUGUGCUGGAGUGUCUGUUGAGCGAAGCCGUUGACAUGGCGGCGAGCAGGAAGAAGGAGAUCAAGUCUGUGCUGGAGGCAUUACCUGCGAAGGAAGUGAAGGAGAUGCGGGAGGGGAUGCUAUCCCUGGUUGUGAUGUACCAGCAUCUCGUCAACAACGAAGAGCUUCGACGGGCCGUGUUGGGGGAGAUCGGCAUACCCGAAGAUGUCGUCAUGCCUCAGCUCCGCGGCUCCGAGCAUGUGCAUGGACCUGUGCUGGAGUAUGUGAAGCAUUACCGUGCAUCAGCGGGGAGGAGGGAAGUGUUUGUAUGCAAACAAGCAUGCAGGGAAGAGAUCAGGUUCUUCCGGGAGGUAGGGCGGGCGUAUGAUACGAGCUUGGUCUUGUACUCGGUGCACGAUGUCGGCAGCUACAGGGCCUUGAAGCAAGCGGAGGCUGUCAUGAGCGGUGCCGAGCAGCAGAAGGACGAGACUGACGAGUGA